AUGUACAUCGGGCCCGUGGAGCCGCGAGAGGAGGUGUCCUGGGUGCUGGCGGGGAGCGACGACGAUUGGCGGCUGAAGGAGGAGAUGCUGCGCAUCUCCCCAGGCUUUGUGCAGAUCUUCAACGAGAUACUCGUGAAUGCUGCCGACAGGCAGUUCAGCAGCACAGACGGGGAGGGAAUGACAGCAAUCCGUGUGGAUGUCGACUCGAAGGAGGGGGAAAUCGUUGUUUUCUGCGAUGGAGGUCCGAUUCCGAUUGUGCAGAAGGAGUCUGGCAUGUGGGUGCCCACACUGGUAUUCAGCGAGUUCAUGAGCGGAGACAAUUUUGACGACUCCAAGCAGCGCUUCAUCGGCGGUCGCAACGGCAUCGGUGCCAAGGCGACGAACGCGUUCAGCAGCUUAUUCGAGGUCGAGGUGUUCGACCCCAGCACGGGCUACCACUUCAAGCAGCGGUGGGAGCAAAACAUGGCGGUCGAGCACGAGCCCCAGAUCCUCUCGCUGCAGCCAGACGCGCCUCAGAACGGUGCGGUGCAGGUGAGGUUCCGCCCUGACCUCAAGAGGUUCGGGCUCCGCAGCAUCAACCAGAACCACAUGCGGCUGAUAAGGUCCCGCGUGUUCGACGUGGCGGCGUGCGUCCGGCCCAGCAUCGGCGUGUGGUUCAACGGGGAGCGGGUCGCUGCGCGGGGCUUCCGAGACUACGCCGUCCACGUGCUCGGGGAGGACGUGGCGGUGACCACGAUCGAGGACGAGUCGGGGAGGCCCCGUGCGGAGAUCGCGGCAGCGUUUGCUGGAGACAACGGCUUCGCGGCGAUCGGCAUGGUGAACGCCAUCCGCUGCAGCAGUGGCACCCACGUGGAGCGCGUUAGCAGGCAGCUCGGUGAGGGCAUCGCAGCGCUGGCGCCGAGGAAGCGGAGGGUCCAGCCCAAGGAAGUGCAGCGCUUUCUCAGGCUGGUGGUGAAGGUAUUGGUGGACAGUCCUGACUUCGACUCAAGACGCGCCUCACCACCACGGCUGCGAACCUGGGUUUCGAGCUCAGGCUGCCGCGCGAUUUCAUUGACAAGGUGGCCGGCCUCGGAGUGCUGGAGGCGGCACUUGGCGCCGUCCAGCUCAAGGAGGGCCUGGACCACCUGA